AUGGUCAGUUUAAGUGAACAGGUUGGCGCCAUCAAGAAUAUUAAAGAAAAAUAUUUAAAUGAUUCGUUAUCUUUAAGACUGAAUCCCGUCAGUCAGUUAGAUGACUUUUUGAAUGCUGACCAUUUACCCAUCGAUCUUUCUCAGAUGGAUCUACAAUUAGCUAUCACCACUGCUGAAGCCAUAUUAGAUAAGGUGCGUUUCGAAGAUGAAGAAUUAAAACGGGAUUGUGAGCAAUUAUCACAAAAGCUUGAGCGGAGUGUAGCUCGAUAUAAUGCAGACUUAUCUGAAAAGGAAAUUGCCAAAAAAGAACACCACUUAAAACUGAAAACUGCUAAGGCGAAAUUAUCGGUCUACGAAAAAUUCACGAAAACGAAGUUCACCAUCAAUCAAGACUCCAUCACAGCUUUUAUUUUCAACCCGGAUGACAUGGUACAAUUAACUAUCCCAGAAACCCUGACGAGUACCGAUAUUUGUCAAAUGAUGGAUUCACUCCAAAAGAAUGUGACAAAACCCAUGUUAAGUGAAAAUGAGACCAGACAAAUGAAAAGUUUAUGGGGUCGUAUGAAAGUUUCUGAAAAAUGGAAGCACUUAGUCGAACCAAGAACAUCAACCAAAAUAUCAGAAUAA